ACGCUCGGCCGACAUUUUGCUGUGAUUUUGUGAUUUUUGUGAAUUUCUUCAUUAAAAUUACAAAACCUAUUGUAGUACAAGCUUUUAUUAUAGCUUUUACGAGUGUUUUAAAGUAAAGUUUUCAGAAUCCACAACUCUUAAUUGAGGUAACAGGAGGUCUGCGAAUCCAAAAGUUGGGAUUGGCACAAACUGAAGACUGAAGAUUCGCACUACACUUGUGGCAAAUGGUUUAUGACCAUUUAUGGUCAUAAACUAGCAAGUGAAGUGCUCUGAAAUGGAUCUUCCGGACUGCCCGCCCGGGGCAGAAGGAUAUGAAGACUCAGUGGUUGAAGUGCCGAAGAAACCCAGCUCGGAAGACCUACCUUGCACCAAGGCCGAGCAAGAGUUCCAGGAGCACCUUAACAGCUUGAAGAUCAAGGUUGAAGAUGGCGAGUUCCGGUGCAUGGUCGAGAGGCGCGGACGCGACGUCUCCGGCAAAUGGAUUUACCUGUGCUACCCGUGCGCGGCUGUUUGCAGCGGGGAGAGUAUUUUGCAGACACACAUAUCGGGAAAAAAGCACAAGACGAAGCUGUCGUUGAAAAAUAUGUGGCCGGUCAGCAUAUUCGAGCAGCAUCCUUAUAUUCUCACCGAGAAAGGCAUCGUCAAGGAGAAAGCCGAAGCCACCGAGAAAGUUCUCAAGAAAAUGGCUGAGGAAGUGAAGUACCACAAUGAAGACUCUGAGCUGGAUCAGAAGUACAACAAAUACCGCGGGAUCCGGUGCCACAUUCAAGACUCGAUUGAUCAAGUCAAGGCGCCGCUGAUCGGGCUAGAAUACCUGGUGGAGCACCCGCCGGAGGAGGCGCACUACGAGCCGUCGUACGUGUGCACGCUGUGCACUAAGCACGGGCACCCGCGCACCAUCAUCAACCACCUGACCUGCUUCUGGCAUCGCUACCAUUACUUGACGCUGCAUUUCCCCAAAGCAGGCGCGCUACUAGCGCCGUACCGUGGGCAAGCGCAGUACCGCGAAGGCGUCGGGCUCAUCACCAACCGCCUCAUGCAACGUAUCGAGGACAAGUUCGGGCGCCUUCAGCCCGUCAACAUCGACAAGGAGGAGUACGAGAAGGAACGGGAUCGCAUACACCAGUGGAUUUAUAAGGGCUACCAUUUCGCCGAGAAGGAGGGCGCUACCUUCGAAGAGGUCGUUGACGUCGGCCUCAUAGAAUCUCUACACAAAUCUAGUGAAAAGAUGAAAGACAAAAAAGAACCAUCCCCGCCUGUGGUGCAAGCUCCAGCGAAACCUCUAUUCAAUAGUCAUACACGCCCUAGACACGAGCGGCGUAUUUCUGUGGACGCGCUCUCUGAUAUCAGCGACGAGCCGGAGCACCGCCGUCCGCUUAUUGACGACCGAUACAGAGGGAGACCGGGCGAGAGACGCUACGAGCCCUAUCGGAAACUACGAUAUGAGAAGGGCAAGCCUACGUCAGAGAAGAACUUAGAAAAGAUCAAGCCGCCAAACUACGAGUACAAGCAGAAGUUGGCAUCGGAACAGAAGCAAGCGGCCGAGGAAGCCGCCAAGAAGACGCUCGCCUACCACGAGAAGAAUCCUGAAAAACACCCCCUGUACCCUGAAGAGUGGAAGAAGUUCUGGAACCGCCGCUACAAGGAGAUACAAGCAGAGGGCAAGGACCCGUCGAAGCACGACUUCAAGCCGGAGUGGAUCAAGUACUGGACGGUGCGCAUGAAGCAGCUGCACGAGGACGAGCUGCGCUGCAUCGUCACCGAGAUCUACCGCAAGAUGUGCCUGCCGCUGCCCGACGCGGAGCCCGCCGCCAAGCCGCCCGACGCCGCGCACAGAUCGGAGAGAUCAGCUGAGCCUCGCCGAAGGUCGCCGGACCCGCGCGAGCGCCGCCGAACGCCCGAGCGGCGCAGGUCGCCUGAUCCUCGCCGGCGGUCGCCGGAGCACCGCCGUCGGUCGCCGCCCGACAUGCGGCGUCGGUCGCCGCCCGAUAUGCGCCGUCGGUCGCCGCCUGACAUGCGCCGGCGGUCGCCCAGGCAUCGUACGCCGGAGAGAGGCCGCCGCACGCCUGAUAGAAGGAUACCGCCCGAGCGGUGGAGACCGAUGAAUGAUCGGUACCAUCGCGAUUUCAGGUCGCCUGGACACCACAAAUCUAUGGAUCGUCGGCCUUCGCCACCGAGGCACUCCAGGCCACGAUCUCGCAGUCCAAUUCCUAGGGCUCGCAGUCCGAUCCGCACUCACAUCCAGAUGGACAGCUUACGCCGUAGCCAUAGUCCUCUCUCGCGCCGUGAUGAUUCCGCGGCGCUUCGCAACAGGAGUCCCGCGCGCGCCGCGCCCGAAGUCGCGCCCUCAUUGCAGACCGUACUCAUCUCCGAUGAAGAGCUCAAGCCCGACGACAACAACUUAUCCCCGUGGGAUUCCGACAACGACGGUUCCUUCGGCUCGCUCCCAGACGCUCGCAUGUCCUGCGCGGGAAGCGAGAAGUCCCGCCAGUCGCGGCCUCCUCGCGAGUACUCGCGGCCCGCGGAACCCUCGGACUUGGGGCCCCCUGAGAAUAUAGUGGCCACAUUACGGCUGCUGGUGGCCUUGGAAGACUAUCUGGGCAGCCUGGGGCCUAAGAUAGUUGAUUUGUUGACUGAAGCUUUGAGGAUGGAGAAGGAAAAGGCGAACUCCUCCGAAGAGCUCCUCGUCCGCGAUUCGGCAGUGGUUCUAAUGGAGACAGCCAAAGAGAAACUGAAGGGCGCCAUGCAGGCGGGGCUGGUGCCUGCCGCCGCCGCGCCCGCCGUGCGCUCCGCCGUCGUGCGCGCCGCCGCCACGCUGCACGCCGCCGACCAGCGCAGCCAGGCCUCGCAGGUAGGCCUCACAGGCCACACUAUAUUAUCCAGUGCAGCUAGGCCUCACAGACCACACUUCACUGUCCAGUGUAGCCUGGCCUCACAGGCUACACUAUAUUAUCCAGUGCAGCUAGGCCUCACAGACCACACUUCAUUAUCCAGUGAAACCAGAUCGGAGAGAUCAGCUGAGCCUCGCCGAAGGUCGCCGGACCCGCGCGAGCGCCGCCGAUCGCCCGAGCGGCGCAGGUCGCCCGACCCUCGCCGGCGGUCGCCGGACCACCGCCGUCGGUCGCCGCCCGACAUGCGCCGUCGGUCGCCGCCCGAUAUGCGCCGUCGGUCGCCGCCUGACAUGCGCCGGCGGUCGCCCAGGCAUCGCACGCCGGAGAGAGGCCGCCGCACGCCUGAUAGAAGGAUACCGCCCGAGCGCUGGAGACCGAUGAAUGAUCGGUUCCAUCGCGAUUUCAGGUCGCCUGGACACCACAAAUCUAUGGAUCGUCGGCCUUCGCCACCGAGGCACUCCAGGCCACGAUCUCGCAGUCCAAUUCCUAGGGCUCGCAGUCCGAUCCGCACUCACAUCCAGAUGGACAGCUUACGCCGCAGCCAUAGUCCUCUCUCGCGCCGUGACGACUCCGCGGCGCUUCGCAAUAGGAGCCCCGCGCGCGCCGCACCCGAAGUCGCGCCCUCACUGCAGACCGUACUCAUUUCCGACGAAGAGCUCAAGCCCGACGACAACAACUUAUCCCCGUGGGAUUCCGACAACGACGGUUCCUUCGGCUCGCUCCCAGACGCUCGCAUGUCCUGCGCGGGAAGCGAGAAGUCCCGCCAGUCGCGGCCUCCUCGCGAGUACUCGCGGCCCGCGGAACCCUCGGACUUGGGGCCCCCUGAGAAUAUAGUGGCGACGUUACGGCUGCUGGUGGCCUUGGAAGACUACUUAGGCAGCUUGGGACCUAAGAUAGUUGAUUUGUUGACUGAAGCUUUGAGGAUGGAGAAGGAAAAGGCGAACUCCUCCGAAGAGCUCCUCGUCCGCGAUUCGGCAGUGGUUCUAAUGGAGACAGCGAAAGAGAAACUCAAGGGCGCAAUGCAGGCCGGGCUGGUGCCGGCCGCCGCCGCGCCCGCCGUGCGCUCCGCCGUCGUGCGCGCCGCCGCCACGCUGCACGCCGCCGACCAGCGCAGCCAGGCCUCGCAGAGCGCCAUAGCGGCCGCGCCUGUAACCGUCGGGGCCCGCAAGCGGACGCGGACGCGGCCUCGCACGCGGCGGCGGCCGCGACGCGGGCCGCUUACAGAUCAGAAAACCGCCAAAGGGAAACCGGCACCAAUGCCGGUAGCGGGCGUAGGCGAGGUCGAUCGCGCGCAGAUCGCGCAGCAAAUGGCCGAGGCCCUCAUCGCGCAGGGCAAGACCGACGUGUCUUCCGAAGAACUAGCACAAUUAGUCGAUGCCGUAGUCGGCAUGGCAGAAGCCAAGAAACGCGAGGCCGAGACCAAGAAGAAACUGGAAGCGAAGCCGGCGCCGCCGAAACCGAAGCCUCUGCCCGCGGCGGUUUCGGGAACGGCGUCCGCUCUGCAGAUGCUGCAGUCCGCGUACGAUGAAAAUGACAAAAAAACCGAAAAAGACGACAAAGUUUACACGCCGGACGCGAUGGACGGUCUCUCUGACUCCGAUCUCGAGACAUUGCUCAAGAACUUCAACGAGCUAUCAGCAGAGGAGCAGCACAGCUUGAUCGCGUAUCUGAAGAAGUUGGAGGCGCGCGAGCCGCAGCGCGUGGAGCGUCUGCGUCAGUACGUCAGCGCCGCCGCCGAGCCCGAGCCCGCGCGGGAGCCCGAUACCAAGCCCGUUACGAUUGAGAGCGAUGACGACGACUACACGGUUGAGGAGGUUUUCCAAUCGGCAACGCAGAAAGUGAAAGAAGAUCAGAUGCGUCAAGAGAUGGAGAUCGUAAAGAAAUCUCUCGAAGAAACCACAAAAGAGUCUACGCCGACUCCCGAGGUGCCCAAGCCGGCGCCGAAAGUAGAUUUAUCAAUCCAUAUGUCGUCGGCGACUGAUUUGUUAGCGCUGGUGCAGGCUUCCAUCCAGUCCACGGCCGCCGCGCCCGCGCCCGCCGCCGCCGCCGACGUCGUCGCCAGCCUCACGCAGCCGCGUUCCUUCGGCGACCUGCCCGAGGCCUCCAUGGCUUCCAAUGACUCCGCCAGAUCACACUCCACCCCCACUAACGUUCAACCCUUUGACCAAAACACGAACACCUCCGACGGCUUCAACGACAACGAGCAGAGCUGGAACUCCAGACCCAAUUCCAAUAUGAGCCAGGAAAUGCCGCCCGCUAAUCCGGGAGCUGGAUACGGCAUGGAGAAUAGAGGACCGUACGGCCAGGACAGUCAAGGGUCGUUCAAUCAGCAACCUCGCGGUCCCAUGGGUUUCAAUCAGGAUAACCGAGGAUUCAAUCAGGACAACCGUGGAUUCAAUCAGGACAACCGAGGGCCUUUCGGUCAAGACAACAGACCUUUCGGCCAGGACAAUCGAGGAGGGUUCAAUCCCGACAACCGUCAGCCUUUUAAUCAAGGUAAUCGGGGACCUUUCAACCAAGACAAUCAAGGAUCGUUCAACCAAGAUAAUCAAGUACCUUUUAACCAAGAUAAUCAAGUCUCUUUUAACCAAGACAAUCAAGGACUAUACAAUCAAGACAGUCAAGGCACUUUCAAUCAGGAUAAUCAAGUACCGUAUAAUCAAGACAAUCGAGGAAACUUCAAUUCUGAUAAUCGAGGAAACUUCAGUUCAGAUAAUAGAGGGAACUUUAAUCAUGUCAGACCACCCCUGCUCGACAGUAGGGGGGUCCUGCUAUCAGACAACAGAAAUAUGCAGGGCAACAUGGGUUUUCCGAAUAACAAUUGGGGAUCCGAUAAUAGAGGAGGAUACAACCAGGACAAUAGACCGUCAGGGCCUAGAGGUUUUGAUAAUCAAUACUCAGGGAAUGGUAAUAAUUUCAUGAACGGAGGUGGGAUGCAGGGUAAUAGCAUGCAGCAUCAACGUGGAGGUUAUGAACCCCAGAAAAACUUCCGAGGCAGAGGGCGAGGACAGUUUGGCGGAAAUAUGCGAGGUCGAGGACGGGGCCAGUACUAUUGAAGUGGAGAGCAUAUCGAAUUACAACCCGGUCGAGCUAACUGCGCAGUUGCGCACCUCACUGGAAUGCGACUCCUUCGCACACCUCCCGUAGUUCCCUGUGCAGUUAAUUCGAUCCGAUUGUACACUACUGACAAGUAUUUUAAAAUGAUAUUGCAUCGAAAUAAUAAUAGUUGUGAAAGAAUUACGCACUCCUUUUUUAUAAUGAUGCGAAUGAAAUAGAAACAAUGGAAUGGAUUAAUGUUAAACCAGCCUUGGAUGGGUUUGCGCAUUUAAUAAAAUUUUUGCAUUUUAAUGUCAAUGGGCGGGUCGUCAUUGUCAUGAAGUUUAAAUUAAAUCUUCAUCUACUUGAAACAG